AAAAGGAGACUAUUUCCAACAGCCCACAGCAGGCCAGGAGAGAAUGUGACUCCACCUCUCCCUCCUCUCACCCUCCCUCCCUUGGUCUCGGUUCCCUCCCCCAAGCCGAGGGCUGGGAGAUUAACCUGACUGUGAGGAGCUGCGCUUUAAAACAGUGCGGCGGCCAGAGAUCUCACACGCACUCAGCUGGCUGAGCAGGACACACACUGCACUAAGAAGACACAUCUGCAACACAGCAGAUCUCUCUGGAUCUCUGGGGAUCUCUGUGGCCCCGCUCAGGAUUUUAAGCCGUCUAGAGCCAGAGAGAAGUAGAGAGAGAGAUCGUAGGAGAAGCGCAGUCGAGCAAGGAGCCCAAGCCUACGGGUGAUUACGCGAGAGAGGAGAGCAGAGCGCAGAACCGGUAAACAUGGAUGCCGGCCCCUUGGCGGCGGUGGGCGAGGGCUCUCCAGAGGGUGAGACCGUGUGUGCCGCGCUGGCCCGCUACGAAGCCACGCUGCGGGACGCCGUGCGCGAGAUCCACGUGGACGUCAGCGCCUUCAAGCUGGGCGUGGAGCAGCGGCUGGAGGAGGCGCUGCACAUGAACGGCCCGCUGGGCCGGGCCGUGGCGCAGCUGCAGCAGGAGAACCGGCAGCUCCGCGGCCAGCUGGAGGCCCUCACUCGCCAGGUGGAGAUGCUCACAGGGACGGUGUGUGACAGGAGUGCCCUGCUGGGCCACGGAGGUGCAGCCGGGGCCCAGUCGCCCCCCUCGCCCAGCGGCGCGGCGGCCCCUGGCCCAGGCCCUGCCUCCAGCCCCUCCAUCGCGCGCUUCUCCAGCAGGGCGACCAUCUCCGUCAGCAGCAAGGCCAGCAGUAUUGAACGUGAGGAGCCUAUAGAGGUGGAUCUUGCACCAGCCCCCUCUGCAGUUGAGAAUGGACACGCAUCCAUAGAUGAAAACUCCACCCCGCCAGAGAGCUCUCCAGCCGCUGGGAUGAAACGGCAAAACUCUUCCCCGGUUUUCAUGGCGAUGCCACACCUCCCUAUCACUGCAACCACCAAAGUAGCAGACUCACUUGCCAUAAAGGGCCCUGAGUCACCAAGCAGCCCGAUGCAGACAAUACCUCCAGCUGGGACAGACAGCCAGCCAGACAGCCAGCCAGACAGCCCGACAGCCACCAGUGGCAACCAGCCACAGCUUGAAUCUACUAUACAUGCAGUGUCCUCUGUGAAAUCAUGGACUCCAAGUCCUGUGAGAACAAUGGGCUCCCCUCGGCUGACUGACACCAUGGCAUCUUCUGCACCACCCAAAGCUGUGGCAUAUUCGGGUUACUCAGGUCUCAACCAGUACAUCCCAGACAGGAAUGUGGAUGUUCCAGGAGAGCUGUCCUUCGGCAGGGGUGUCGAACGCCGGCGUGAGCUGGUGAGGUCACAGACUCUCCCGCGCAGCCUUGGAGCCCAGGCGCGCCGGACCAUCUUCGAGCGGCUGGAUUCAGAAAACGCCAGCCGGCCUAAACCUGUGGACCCCAAGCCCAAGCUGAAGCGCUCCCAGAGCUUCGGCGUGUCGAGUGCCAGCAGUAUCAAGCAGAUUCUUCUGGAAUGGUGUCGCUCCAAAACUAUCGGAUAUCAGAACAUCGACAUCCAGAACUUCUCGUCCAGCUGGAGUGAUGGCAUGGCUUUCUGCGCCUUGGUCCACUCAUUCUUCCCCACCGAGUUCGACUACAACGCCCUGUCCCCUGCCGAUCGCAAGCACAACUUCGAACUUGCUUUCAGCACCGCGGAGCAGAAGGCUGGCUGUGACAGGCUCAUUGAAGUGGAGGACAUGAUGGUGAUGGGCAGAAAGCCUGACCCAAUGUGCGUCUUUACCUACGUCCAGUCUCUCUACAACCACCUGCGCAAGUUUGAGUGAGACAUCGAGCCCGUGCCACCAUGCCUGUUCUAUUCAGCAACUGCUGCUGAAAGUGCAACACUGCCCUCUGCUGGACUAUACAUGAACUGUGUUCAGCAUAUGAGCACAGUCAAAAGGUGCCAAAUGAGGAGCCACUUUGGUGCGAUUUGCUUUUUAAAAAGCCUGAUGUUUUACGACUGUAUUUUUUAUCAAAAAAGGCAACUAUUUAUUUACUUUUCGUGUAAUUGUGCCAAUUGACUACAGUAAGCUGAUGAUUUUAUAGAGGGUGUAAAAAACCUGAAGGAAAUGAUUACCAACAGUUAAAUGCCAAUUGCUAAACUGCAAAUGUUUUUCAUCUUAACGGUUAUCUUUAAAAGCCUAAACUGCAGAGACAUGUACAGAAAAGGGUGCCUUAUAUUCUUAGACUUGAGAAAGAUUCAAAUUUUUUUUUUUGCUAUUUUUUCUAUUUCAUUGUUAUAAAAUGUGGUUUUAAAGUACAA